AUAACAAUAAUAAUCAAAAUUCAAAGAAAAAAGAUAGUAAAAAAUAUAAUAAUAAAGAAGAUAAUGCUAAUAUAAUAGAGAAUAACUACAAAGAGAAAGUUAAUGAAAUAUAUAAAGAAAAAAUGAACUAUAAAGCUAAAGAAAAAGUUAAUAAAAUAUAUAAAGGAGAUAUUAAAGAGACAGAUUAG